AUGGCGAGCUUCUUCGAUCUCAAGGCGCGCAAGGCGGCGGCGGCAAACGGCGCAUCAACGUCGAAAGGAGAAGAGUCGAAGCAGAACACCAGAAAGCAGCCAUGGGUAGAAAAAUAUCGACCGAAGACCCUUAGUGAUGUCACCGCUCAAGAUCAUACUGUGAACGUCCUUCAACGGACACUUCAAGCUUCUAAUCUGCCUCACAUGCUCUUCUACGGCCCCCCUGGUACGGGCAAAACCUCCACGAUCCUCGCCCUCGCCAAGGAACUAUAUGGCCCGGAGAUGAUAAAAUCGCGGGUACUCGAACUAAACGCCUCCGAUGAGCGUGGUAUAUCUAUCGUACGAGAGAAAGUGAAGGAUUUUGCACGAAUGCAAUUAACAAACCCGCCUGCUGGGUAUAGGGCCCGUUACCCAUGCCCCCCUUUCAAGAUCAUCAUCCUCGACGAGGCCGAUAGUAUGACACAAGAUGCCCAGAGCGCCCUCAGACGAACAAUGGAGACAUAUAGUAAGAUUACUCGAUUCUGCCUGAUCUGCAACUACGUCACUAGAAUCAUCGAUCCUCUAGCGAGUAGGUGUAGCAAAUUUAGGUUCAAGAGCUUAGAUCAAGGGAAUGCGAAGAAGCGUUUGGAAGAUAUUGCUGGCAAAGAGGGCGUUACGCUUCAGGAUGGCGCUGUCGACGCGCUUAUAAAGUGUAGCGAGGGUGAUCUGCGAAAGGCUAUUACUUUCUUACAGAGUGGAGCAAGGUUAGUUGGUGCCAUUGAGAAAGAGGACGAUGGAGAUACGAUGGAUGUGGACGAUGACGCCAAGGUUGUCACUGUAAAAAUAGUGGAAGAAAUUGCUGGUGUUAUUCCAGACGACACCAUCGAGAAAUUGCAGAAAGCAAUACAACCCAAGUCCGGUGGCGCGACAUUCCCAGCCAUCGCGAAGCUCGUCGAAGAUAUGGUCGCGGAUGGGUGGAGUGCUGGUCAGGUCCUUACCCAGUUAUAUCAAGCAGUUAUCCAGGAUGAGAUCAUUCCUGAUGCAGCCAAGAACAAAAUAACCCUUGUCUUCUCGGAGGUUGACAAGAGAUUGGUAGAUGGCGCCGAUGAGCAUCUCUCAAUACUAGAUCUAGCUUUGAGAAUAUCGAACAUACUGGCCGGGAAAGGUCAAUGA